GUUAUGAUGGUCAAACGUGGGAAAAUCGUCAAAAACUACUUGCGGAUGUUGGUGGCCGACUUUCAUUUCUCCCCAACACUUUGCGCUUACUUUGUUCUGAGUGGCUUCUGACUCUGAGCCUCUAACUCACGUUCUCUCAUUCCAUUCCUUAAACCUAUUGAACGAAAAUCAUGUUCUCCUCCAAAAUUGCCGCUGCUGCUAUCAUUUUGGCCUUGCCCUUCACCUCGUUCGCUGAGUUCCAUGGUCAUGCUCGCCAGAAUCGCCACCAUGAAAUUGCCAAACGUGAUCCUGGCAACGUAGAGGUGUUCAAGCGGGAUAGUUUUACCAAUGCUCGUUGGACUUUUUUCGCAGAUGGACUGGGUGCUUGUGGAACGACUAAUUCCCCCAGUGACUUUAUUGUUGCGUUGAACUCAGAGCAAUAUGGCAGUGGAGGUUACUGCUAUCAGAUGAUCACCAUGACAUACAACGGAAAGACCACUACCGCCCAAAUCACUGAUGAAUGUCCGGGAUGCCCUUAUGGAGGCCUCGACCUUUCAACUGGUCUGUUCGAAUUUUUCGCUGACGAAUCUGUCGGUGUCCUUUACGGAACUUGGUCAUUCAAUGACGGAAGUAGUGGGGAUUCCUCUUCUUCGUCUUCUGUAUACACGCCCACGUCUACCAGUAUGUACACUCCCUCAUCUACUUGGACGCCCGACUCGACCACUGCGACACCUACCUCCACGACACCUACCACCACUUGGACCCCGUCCAGCACGUCGAGUUCUUGGUCCUCAUCUUCUUCGUCGUGGUCUUCAUCGUCCUCGUCCUUGUCGUCUUCUUCGUUCAGCUCGAGUUCGAGCUUUUUCUCAACAAGCUCAUCCUUCGCGAGCUCUUCUUCGGCCGCCUCUUCCAGCGCUGCUCCUUCAGCCACUGCUGGAACGUUGAACAAUCUUGAACAAGUGGUCCUGAACUUUGCGGGUAUUAUCGCUGCCGGUGCAGCGUAAUCCGAGGAAGGGAUAUCUCUGAAUAUAAUUCAUGUUAAUGGACCUUUGUUGAUGGACCUUUGUUGCAUUGUGUUUCGCGUACAUGUGCUACCCAUCGCCACUCCAUUGUGUCUGCCUGCAUCGUUAUUUUAUUGCUUACUGCUUCAAUGAUACCCUUGUCUCCUGAUUAUUCUAACGUACCCAGGGUUUCUGUUUAUUGCAGUCCAAUAUUGGGCCUUUUCUAUCAUUUCAUCUGCAUUUGGUCCGGAUGAGUAAAUACAUCUCUACGUAUCGUUUGCCACUGGGAUUUUGACAAUGUGAUAAUAUUGCUUGAUACUAGUUUGUGGUCAUUCAAGCGGAACAAGCAAUGGAAGUUACCAAACUUUAAAUCCAAAGUCUGUCUGUGCGGAAUGCCGAUAUGUACCUAUAAGAAAAAAAUUUGCACGAAGC